AUGGCGGCCGUUGGCUCUGCGCCGCCCUCUUCUCCCACUUCUCCAGCCUCUCCCACAAGUCCCGUCCACAGGAAACCUCUCCCUCACCAUGGCCUCUCACCCAUAGAGCGCUAUGACUGGGGGGAGAACUUGAAGCCCGGUUCCGGCGUUCCUGAUUCAUCUCCCCGUAUCCGUCAGCCGCCCAUGUCGCCCGUCAAGGUCAAUUUCCAGCCAGAAGACUGGGCCAGGCCCUCGGCCGGCACUAUCGAGACUCAUAUCCCUCACGCAGGCCCCAUUCCAGCGCCUGUUUACGAACGACCCCUCCCUAAGUCACCCGAAGCUCCCACGCCCCCUCCUCAUACUCCCCAGCAGUACGGGGCUGAACAGAGGCAAUGUCAAGCUUACCAACCGUAUAACCCCCAACAACAACCAUGGCAACAGUAUAGCCAGCCACAACAACCUUCGCAAAUACCUGCUGCUGCGCAGAAUUAUGUGCCAGGUGCUGAGAACUCGCUCUCGCCGACCACAGCGGUUACCCCGGCGUCAAAUGGCGUCAGAGCCCCCCAACCCAACGGGCCGGUCAAGAGGAACAGCCGAGAGUCGGAUUCCACGGAGAGUACGUCUCAGCAGCCGACUUCGGCCGAGUCCUCGGCGACGACGAGUGACAGCUCCAUGUCCGGUGUCCUCGACUGCGCAGAUAACCAGGACAACAAGUCGGCCGACGCAUCCAUCGAAAGCGUACCCAUUGACGAGAAUGCCCCGCCUCCCGAACCUGUGCAGCCGCUGCAGUACCACCAUCAAGCCUUCCUCCCGCGACCCCCGAGCCUGACCGACCAGGAUCCUCGCGCCCAGUCCAGUUCGAAUCUAGAAACCGGGGCAGCCGUCAACCGCCAUCUGACCCCCAACGCGAAAUACAUGAGGAGAAGCUCACUACCGCGCCCGCAGUCGGCCUACUCGGUAACGUCCGAGUAUGGUGUUCGCGGCCGCUCCCCAAAUUUGUAUGGUAACUCGCAGUACCGGUCGCCGUCUUCGACGAGGAGAUCACCCGAUGUGCGGCCCUCGUCGUACGUAGAGCUGCUCAGCAUGCCCUACCCGCAGCAGGCGCCGGCGCCCAUCUCGAUGGAUAACUCGCAGCUGCGCUCGGUCGUGGGCAGCAACGCGUCCCUGCUCAGCACGGAGAAGACGCUCGAGAUGUACCGGCAGAAUGUGAAGAAGACGAACGAUUUUGCUACGCUCUACUCGUUCGCAGUCUUCCUCAUCGCCACGGCGCAAGAAAUGGGCUUCGAUCCCGCGGAGCCACAUAAACAGCAGCGGACAAAGAGUCCCAAGCCAGACGGCGGCAGCAACGGCGCCACGUCAUCAUCUCCGUACGACCUGGUGCGUGAAGCGCGCGCCAUCCUACAGAAGUUGAGCAACAACGGGUACCCGUUCGCGCAGUACUACCUUGCCGAUGGCUACGCAUCGGGCCUGUUCAGCAAGGGCAAGGAGGACUACAACUCGGCCUUCCCCCUGUUCGUCCUCGCUGCCAAACACGGCCACGCAGAGUCCGCCUACCGUACCGCGCUGUGCUACGAGUUCGGCUGGGGCUGCCGCAAAGACCCUGCCAAGGCCGUUCAGUUCUUGCGUUCUGCCGCCUCCAAGCGCCACCCGGGGGCCAUGACCCGCCUGGGCGUCGCCUGCUUGUCUGGCGACCUCGGCGAGAAGCGCUACCGCGAGGGCAUCAAGUGGCUCAAGCUUGCUGCGGAAGCGGCCGACAGCAUAUACAACGCGGCGCCUUACCAUCUCGGCUGCCUGUACGAGCAUGGGUACGGCGACGAUAUCUUCCAGGAUGAGAGCUAUGCCGCCGAGCUUUUCACUCAGGCCGCCCAACUGGGCCACCCCGAGGCCAAUUACCGCAUGGGCGACGCCUACGAGCACGGCAAGCUCAAUUGCCCGCGCGAUCCGGCGCUGAGUGUGCAUUUCUACACGGGCGCCGCCGAGCGCGGACAUCCAGCCGCCAUGAUGGGCCUCUGCGCCUGGUAUAUGGUGGGCGCCGAGCCCGUCCUGGAGCGCGAUGAAGAGGAGGCGUAUGAGUGGGCUAGGCGGGCUGCCGAGCUCGGUUAUGUAAAAGCGCAGUAUGCUGUGGGUUACUUCACCGAGAUGGGCAUCGGCUGCCGGCGCGACAUCCUCGAGGCUAACGUGUGGUAUGUCAAAGCGGCUGACGCUGGCGACGAGCGCGCCAAGCAGCGCAUUGCAGCCAUCCGGGCGGCCGCUAGCGGCGGUAACCUGCCUGAUGGCCCGGCAAAGAUCAGCAAGAAGAAGCAGCAUGGCGGUGUCGAUAAGGACGAUAAGGAGUGCAUUGUCAUGUGA